AAGGGGGAAAUUAAUCGUGGCGUUACGGCAAUUGAAUAUGGGGACGACGUUGCAUGAACGCACAAAUAUGGAAAGUGAUUCCGGAUCCGCCACGACGCAAUCGAGAGGGAUGCGCUUCUCAAACAACAGAAACCAUACAAACUACAAAGGAUCGGCGACACGCACAAGGCUAUAAUAUAAAAUCCACUUUUACCCACAAUUUCCUUACUAUUCUUGCUCUGCGAACCACUGAAUUUUGUGCAUCUGGGAAUGGCAGGAAAGCUUAUGCGCGCUCUGCAGUAUGACGGUUAUGGAGGCGGCGCUGCUGCUUUGAAGCAUGUUGAAGUUCCUGUGCCCACUCCUAAUAAAAAUGAAGUCUUGCUGAAGCUAGAAGCCACAAGCAUAAACCCGGUUGAUUGGAAAAUUCAAAAAGGGAUGAUCCGUCCUCUUCUUCCUGGCAAAUUUCCUUACAUCCCCGCUACUGAUGUAGCAGGAGAAGUAGUGGAGGUUGGGUCCCGUGUCAAGAAUUUCAAGGCCGGUGACAAAGUUGUGGCUAUGCUCAGUCAUCUUACUGGAGGUGGAUUUGCGGAGUAUGCUGUAGCUAAGGAGAGCUUAACUGCCAUAAGGCCACCAGAGAUACCGGCUGCUGAAGCUGCAGGCCUUCCUGUUGCUGGCCUAACAGCUCUCCAGGCCCUCGUUGACGCUGCUGGGGUCAAGCUCGACGGGAGUGGCCCCCAGAAGAACAUACUCGUGACAGCCGCCUCGGGUGGAGUAGGUCACUAUGCGGUUCAACUAGCAAAGCUGGGGAAUGCACACGUUACUGCUACGUGUGGGGCCCGCAACCUUGGGUUCGUGAAGAGCUUAGGGGCAGACGAGGCUAUUGACUACAAGACCCCAGACGGGGCAGCUCUCAAGAGCCCUUCAGGGCAAACAUACGAUGCCGUGAUCCAUUGCGCCACCGGCAUUCCCUGGUCUACUUUCGAGCCGAACCUGAGCAAGAAAGGCAAGGUAAUCGACCUCACUCCCGGGGCUAGCGCCAUGUGGACGUUCGCAGUGAAGAAACUCACGAUGUCGAAGAAGCAAUUGGUGCCGUUGCUUCUAAUCCCCAAGAGCGAGAACCUCGAGUAUCUCGUUGGGUUGGUGAAGGAGGGGAAGCUGAAGAGUGUGAUUGACUCUAAACAUCCUCUAAGCAAGGCAGAAGAUGCUUGGGCUAUGAGCAUUGAUGGGCAUGCCACAGGGAAAAUCAUUGUGGAGCCUUAAAAGUCUUACUUACAAAUUACAAUUGAAUUGAAAGUGUUGCAUCUGCUAUAUGUUCUUCUUCAGUGGCGAGGGAAACCUGCAGCCACUAUCUGAAAAUCGAUGUGCUACAUGUUUUGGCUACCCGAGGGUGUGCGCUGGGUAUCUGCUACAUGUUUUAAUAAUGAUGAUUGAUCUUAAUAUGCUUCUUUCACUUCUGUGAUUGUAUAGACUAAGCUAUUGGUAUUGGUUUUAUUGUGUUGGCAGUUGGCCGAAUAUAAACUCUAAGAACGUGCUCAAAGACUUCUUUGGAGGUUUUAUACAAUUACAUACAUCCUAUACAAGUUAUUGCUCAUCUUCAAAUUUGUAAUCUUGUCCUAAAAAUUGAUGGAGGAUGUAAAUUGUGAAAUAUAUUUUUGUCUUUAGUA